CCAAUGAAAUUAAAUGCACUUCAGGGCUGGAGCAUUUUAAGAAACAUGCAACAGACUAAUUCUGCAAUCAGAAGAUUAGUUAAAUUAUGCUUCAGGAAGCAUUAGAAAAUGGUAACAUUGAGAGUUCUUUGAGUUGGAAAGACCGAUUCAACAAAUUAAAAAGAAAAUUUAAAAAGAAUUACAAGCUCAUUACAUUAAUCGCCGUUGUAGUAAUCAGCCUGGUACUGCUAAUAGUGCUUUUAGCUACUUUACUUCCACGGCGACGAGGGAAUCCGGAUGAAAACGACAGAAUAGAAUGCCCUGGAUUUAAAAGUAAGGAAUCUUGUGAAAAGUCUGGCUGCUCUUACGAUUACAUAAACAAUGGACCUUCCUGCUAUGUGAAAAGCGAUAGGUUUCGGUAUAAAGUUUUAUCUCAAACAGCUAAACCUGAUGGCGUCAUCCUCAAACUGGAAGCUACUGAACAGCAAACACCUUACGGACCUUCCUUUCCUCAAGUUAAAUUCGAAGUGACUUACAUCACAGAGAACAUCAUCCGAUUCAAAUUAUCUGAUGGCACAGAAAAUUACCAGCCUUACGAGGUUCCAGUUCAGGACCACUUUCCUUUGUUGAGGAAUGAAAUAAAUAUUGAUGCAAACAACUUAUCUUAUAAAGUCAGCUACAGCAAUGAAGCUGACUAUUUUCACAUGAACAUUUCUCGCAUAGAAGGAGUAACUUUAUGGGACACACGCAUUGGAGGUCUCAUCAUGAGUGAGAAGUAUCUUCAAAUAGCAAGUUACCUUCCAUCCAAAAACAUCUACGGACUGGGUGAACAUGUCCAUGAGACCUUCAGACACUCUUUAAACUAUGUAUCAUGGCCUCUCUUUUCACGGGACCGCCCGCCAAUGGGAGGACAGAAAAAUUUGUAUGGUGUACAUCCAUUCUACACAUGCUUGGAAAAUGACGGCAAGAGUCAUGGAGUUUUAUUACUAAAUAGUAACGCCAUGGAAGUGACACUACUGCCAGCGCCAGCAAUUUCCUUUCGUACCAUAGGAGGCGUUUUGGAUUUCUUUGUCUUUGUUGGAGAAAAUCCUGAACACGUGGUGCAGCUGUAUACUUCGCUGGUUGGUAGGCCUAUUUUGCCUCCAUAUUGGGGCCUAGGAUUUCAGCUGUCUCGUUACGGAUACAACAAACUCGAAAAUGUCAGAGCCGUUGUAGAAAGAACCAGAGAUGCAGGCAUUAUGCAGGAUGUGCAGUUCCUGGAUAUCGAUCAUAUGGAAGGAAGGCGUGACUUCACAUGGGACAACACCACCUUCGCGGGCUUGCCCGAGUACAUCCAAGAGACAAAAGAAAAAUAUGGGUUGAAAUGGAUUAUAAUACUUGAUCCAGCCAUUGAAGUUAAAGCAAACUACAGUCCUUAUGAGUCUGGAAUUAAUAAUAACGUGUUUAUCAAACGACCGACCAUGUGGCCGGAUUCGAUAUUUCCACCAGCAGUACAAGAUCUGAAUGUCACCUUCGGAAGAGUAUGGCCUCGAGAUAUAGUCGCUUUCCCAGAUUUCUUUUUAAAAAGUGCUAAACAGUGGUGGAUAAAUCAAAUUGUGGAACACUACUCGAAGAUACCAUUUGACGGGUUAUGGAUAGUGAGUAAGCUUUCUUCUUUUUCUUAAUAGUGAGUGAGUGAGUGAGUGAGAGAUUAUGGCGCAAA